AUGUAUGAGAACAAUGCCUCUGAUCGAGAAGUUCAAAAGAAACUGGUGAAAGUUGGUUGUAAUGCGCUUGAUUUUAGGCGGUGUAACCUGUCACCUCUCGACUGUUUAGCAUUAGUGCAUGCACUUAAAUCUGUUGAAGGAAUUUUGGAUUUUGAUCUAACCGACAACAACCUUCAGUCGCUAGGAUGUAUUGAGAUUGCGAAGUUGUUACCUGGCAACCAACACAAUCAGGGUUUUUGCGAACUAAAAAGAUUAAACCUUAGUAGUAACCGAAUAACUGAUAAAGGGGUGAAACAUUUAUCUACAGCACUCACACACACUGUCUGCAAACUAAACAGCUUAAACCUCUUAGGUAACAAAAUAACUGAUGAAGCAGUUAAACAUUUAUGUACAGCCCUCACACACACUAACUGCAAACUAAACAGCUUAAACCUCGGGUUUAACAAAAUAACUGAUGAAGCAGUUAAACAUUUAUCUACAGCACUCACACACACUAACUGCAAACUAAACAGCUUAAACCUCUUAGGUAACAAAAUAACCGAUGAAGCAGUUAAACAUUUAUGUACAGCACUCACACACACUAACUGCAAACUAAACAGCUUAAACCUC